AUGUCGUCAAGCCAUGCCAAUCUUGAUGCGGCAUCCACCGACCGCAAAGCCCGGCUCGCCAAGCUUGCAGCCCUGAAGCGCAAGCAACCCGAACAAGACAUAAACGAGGCCGGUGCGGAAGACAAGGAGCUGCCCGAUGCGGAUGCCACGCCAGAUGUGACCACAAAAUACCUGUCCGGUCGCAACUACGACCCCGAGACCCGCGGGCCUAAACUGGGCUUCGAGCAAGGCCCGCAAGAGGGCCACGUGACGCUGGAAGCACAGGCGGCUGAAAUUGCAAGGGCCACAGCGGAACAAGCCAAGGAAGACGCGGGUGCCGAUGAACCCAUUGAUAUUUUCAAACUACGACCUAAAAAACCCAACUCGGACUUGAAGCGCGACCUGGACGAAAAGCUCAAGACUCUCAAUGUGCGGACGGAAAAUGCAAUUGCCCGGCUCGUACACCAGCGGGUAGAGGAUGCGCAACGUGCUGCGAAGGCACGGGGGCCCAAGGGAGAUGAAGAGGGAGAGGAGGUGGGCAUGGAGGGUGAGACGCUUGUUGAGAGCAUCCGUAUGCGCGAACGAGAAGAAGAGAAGAGCGACGAAGAAACGAUCUGA